UCGGCCUGGCCCUCCCCGGAGCCUGUUUGUGAAUGAGAUGCUCAGUUUCUCAAUGGAGCCGCGGGGGGCUCGGGCGGACGCGGCGCAGGCCGCAAGGCUGGCCCUGAGCCGGGAGGGGGACGCCUUUUCCUCGCUCGCUCGCGCCCGCCCUCCCUCUCGCCGCCGCGGCUUUUGAGGAACUGGGCCGCGAGGCCGCCGCGCAGGUCGCAGGGCCCGCAUCUCCGAGGACGCCCGGGCUGGGCGCGCUCGCGGCGCCGGCGCUUUCAGGGCCAGCGAGCUCUGCACGCGAGUGAAGACGCCCCGGAGGCCGGCGGCCUUAGCGGGGGGCUUUAAAAGUUGUCGCUCUCAUUAUUUCCUUUAAAGAAAAAAAAAUAAUAACCACCCCGCGCUGCUGUUAGUUCCUCGGCUGACUUUUUUCCUCCUCUGGAGAGGCGGGGUAGCGCGAGGAAAGGAGUGAAGAAAAUAAGGCAUUUCCUCCCCGCGGGAGCGACAGCCGAUUCUCCGGUCAGCAGGAGCGGCGUUGGUAGCCGCCGCGGGCGCCGGGCCGCGCCGGUCCCACCAUGCGUGAGCCGGCCGAGAGCUGCUGAGGCGCCGGGCCGCAGACGCGGAGUUGGAGGGCGGGCGGCGGGCCCCGGCGCUCGCGGACCAGUGCUGUCCCCCCGCGGGCGACGGCGGUGGCGGGAUGGAGCCGGUGACCGCGCCCCGGCCGGACAUGGCGCCGGAGCUGACCCCCGAGGAGGAGCAGGCUACCAAGCAGUUUCUUGAGGAGAUCAACAAGUGGACAGUUCAGUACAAUGUUUCUCCACUCUCUUGGAACGUGGCUGUCAAGUUCCUCAUGGCCAGAAAGUUCGAUGUGCUUCGUGCCGUAGAGUUGUUUCACUCCUACAGAGAAACAAGAAGGAAGGAAGGCAUUGUGAAGCUGAAACCUCAUGAGGAACCUCUCCGUUCUGAGAUCCUCAGUGGAAAAUUUACCAUCUUGAAUGUUCGAGAUCCAACUGGAGCCUCCAUUGCCCUUUUCACUGCCAGGCUACAUCAUCCUCACAAGUCCGUCCAACACGUGGUACUUCAGGCCUUGUUUUACUUGCUGGACAGAGCUGUGGACAGCUUUGAAACUCAAAGGAAUGGAUUGGUGUUUAUCUAUGACAUGUGUGGUUCCAAUUAUGCCAACUUCGAGCUAGAUCUUGGCAAGAAAGUCCUAAACCUGCUGAAGAUUCAGAUAUUAAAGACGUCUGAAGUUACCCAGCAUCUGCCCAGGGAGUGCCUUCCAGAAAAUCUGGGUGGGUUCGUCAAAAUUGACCUUGCCACUUGGAAUUUCCAGUUCCUGCCCCAAGUGAAUGGCCACCCAGAUCCCUUCGAUGAGAUCAUCCUGUUUUCCCUACCUCCUGCCUUAGACUGGGACUCAGUACAUGUUCCAGGUCCCCAUGCCAUGACCAUCCAAGAGUUGGUAGACUAUGUUAAUACCAGGCAAAAGCGGGGCAUAUACGAGGAAUAUGAAGACAUCCGUCGUGAGAACCCUGUUGGCACUUUUCACUGUUCCAUGUCUCCCGGAAACCUAGAGAAAAACCGAUAUGGAGAUGUACCCUGCCUGGACCAAACAAGAGUGAAGCUGACAAAACGAAGUGGCCACACUCAGACAGAUUACAUCAAUGCCAGUUUCAUGGAUGGCUACAAGCAGAAGAAUGCUUAUAUUGGUACACAAGGCCCUUUGGAGAAUACCUAUCGUGACUUCUGGCUCAUGGUUUGGGAGCAAAAAGUUUUGGUGAUUGUAAUGACCACCCGCUUCGAGGAAGGAGGAAGGAGAAAAUGUGGACAGUACUGGCCUUUAGAAAAAGACUCUCGGAUCCGAUUUGGAUUCCUCACGGUGACUAAUCUAGGAGUGGAGAACAUGAACCAUUAUAAGAAAACAACUCUAGAAAUUCACAACACAGAGGAGCGGCAGAAACGCCAGGUGACCCACUUCCAGUUCCUGAGCUGGCCAGAUUAUGGUGUCCCUUCCUCAGCAGCUUCCCUCAUUGACUUUCUGAGAGUGGUCAGAAACCAGCAGAGCCUGGCUGUCGGCAGCCUGGGAGCACGGUCCAAAGGGCAGUGCCCCGAGCCACCCAUUGUGGUACAUUGCAGUGCAGGCAUUGGCAGGACAGGUACCUUCUGCUCACUGGACAUCUGCCUGGCACAGCUGGAGGAGCUUGGCACCCUUAAUGUGUUCCAGACAGUGUCGCGCAUGAGGACACAGAGGGCCUUCAGUAUCCAGACCCCUGAGCAGUACUACUUUUGCUACAAGGCCAUUCUGGAAUUUGCAGAGAAGGAAGGAAUGGUUCCCUCUGGUCACAGCCUGUUGGCCAUGGAGGGUCAGUAGCUGUUCCACGAAUUUCCACCUGCUGGCCAGCCUUCCUUAAACUACCCUGGACACCGCUGAGCCUAUAGGUUGCCAUCAGCUAUGCUGAAGCCAUGGAUCAACCUCUUUCUUGUGUCUCCCAGCGCACAUGUGCACGCAAGGCAGCCUUUUCCUUUGGCUAGAUAAAUGUGGUGAAAUUGCCACUAGAAAGGGCCAGCAGCAAUGUGUUCUUAAUUCCUAGCACCUGCUAUUGAACUGUGCCUUACUAAAACCAAAUUGUGGCUAUUGAUUUUUGCCAGGGUCCCUGAGGUAAGUGGGGAAGGAACCCCCAUCUCCCAAUGCCAUUCUUCUAGAAGUCUCCUCCUUCCCUUUGCUAGGAUUUGACAGGAGGUUUGGUGAGCAUUCACUUUCCUGCCCAGAGAGCUUGACCAAGUUACAUAUUCUAGAGAAUAUCCCGAGUGCCAAGCACGUUUAUACAUAGGGCGUGUAUUCCAGUCUUUUCUGUCCUUCUGUGUGUGUGCGCGUGUACGUAUGUGCACUUAUGUGUAUGGAUCCAUAUGUAUGUGUGUAUAUAAUAUAUACUGUAUGUGAUAAUAUGGUUGUAUUCUAUAAAUACAUAUACACACAGA